AUGAGCUGCGGAAGAGUCUACCCGCUACGGCAGCCCAAAGGAUAUAAGCCGCCUGUGCCAAGAUGGUUGGUCCAGUUUCCUUCGGGCCUGGAACGUGUAUAUACGGCCUAUAUUGGUGUACAGGAUCGUGAAAGCUGUGCAAAUGGGCAGCCGAUUCACAACAAGGCAUACCAGGACGCUGUCGAGGCCAUUCAAACAUGGAUCACCGCCGAUCCUUCCAUCGCGGCCUCUUCCGUCGAACAAUUUGAAGUCCUGGAUGGAGAUGAUACGCCCGGGUCGACCGUGUGGGCUUGCUACUGGGAUGAUGCCGCAAAGUAUGAGGCGAGUCUGCAGCGCCUCAAUCUGGUGGCCCCGUUUGAACAACUGGACUCGACCAAUCGCCAAUCGAUCGGGUUAUGGUGUGAACGAUUCACCACCCGGCUAUCCCGCCUCGAAACGAACUAUUCGGGCUCCGACUACCUACCUGGGCUGGCGCGCUUGCCCGGCGUCUCAUGCCUCGAGCAUACCUUGGCUACCUACUGGGGGUCGGCGCGCGAUCGCAUUCCCGAUUCAGCCACUGAACUCUUUGAGAGGGAAGAGGUGGACGACCACGCACUAAAGGCUCGUUCAUCGCCCGUGUCAUUGAAGCAUUAUGUCGUCGGCACCAAUCCCGAGAAUAUCGUGCAUAUCCGAUCCGGCCAAUUCUGGGCGAACUGCAAUGACGAUGAGACCAAGGCAUACAAGGAGACCUUGGAGCCAGCCCUGCGAGCGGGCCUGAAAUACCUGUGGGAGCAUCCGGUGCAAACUGGUGCGUCCGGCUUGCGUUAUCUUGCCAACCGUCCAGGACCUGCACAAUCGGCGAACACGGCGCAAGAUUCUAGAGAGACUUGUGUCGCCGGGUUUUUCCGCACGCUAUCAGACCUGGAGAACUGGGCCAAGUCGCAUCCAUCGCAUCUGGCCAUCUACACCGGAGCCGUCAGACAUGCCAAAAAAUUUGGAGAACAGAGUUGGUUCCGCGCCUGGCACGAAAUCGCGAUACUCAAGCGAGGCGAAGCACAGUUCGAGUAUGUCAACUGCGUGAUUGAGGCCAAUCAGUGCCAUUCCGCAAGGUGA